AUGAAGAACUUUGGAGAGAAUGCCACUGCAGUGGACGUUACCCUGUCGGCCACAGACAAUGCUGCCGAUCUAAAGGACGAACAGGUUGUACCCCAACCCGUCAGCAAGGCCUCAUCAGUGCUCAUGGUUCUGGUCGGUGGCCUGGCCCUAUUUUCUGAUGGUUACAAUGCGCAAAUCGUUGGCUACAUGAACACUGUGCUGGCAAAGCUAUACCCAGAAGAAUACACCAAGGACGUGAAAACUAGAGUCUCCAACGCCUUUCUCAUCGGCGAGGUGUUUGGCAUGUUGUUUUUCGGCUGGGCCAUCGACAAGCUGGGCAGACGCAACGGCAUUUUCUGGGCCACAUUCUUUCUCGUCCUGGGCUUGGUUCUGUCCACGGCCGCCCAUGGCACCACUGUCGGUGGCAUGUUUUGGAUGAUGAUUAUCGGGCGCGGUGUAGCAGGAUUCGGUGCCGGAGGUAAGUCAAGAUGGGCGUCGCCGUCGAACGUGGCUAAUAUCGACAUGCUGCCAAAAGGUGAAUACCCAACCUGCGCUACGAGUGCUGCCGAAGCCGCCGAUGAGACCUUGUCUGUGCGACGACGACGCGGUAUCCUCACUGCGGUCGCCACCGACUUUUCCAUCGACAUGGGCUUCGUGAUUGCCGGUAUUGUCGCGCUCAUUGUCUUGGCUGCGUACAGUUGGAACGUCGGCGAUGGUGUUUGGCGAGUUAGUUUUGGUUUGGGCAUUGUUCUACCAGUGGCACUGCUCUUCUUCAGACUGCGACUCAUAAACUCUACCCAGUACCAGAAGCACGCCAUGAAACAGCAUAUUCCGUACUGGCUGGUUAUCAGGCGUUACUGGAAGCCCAUGCUUGGGACCUCCCUGGCCUGGUUCAUGUACGACUUUGUUACUUACCCCUUUGGAAUUUUCGGCUCAACAGUCAUUGCAACGCUUAACCCCAACGACACUUUGAUGGAGAACAUUGGGUACGGUACGGUGCUCAACUUGUUCUACAUCCCAGGCACUUUGAUCGGCGGCAUCCUCAUGGAUAAGAUUGGCCGCAAGCAGACCAUGACUCUUGGAUUCGUCCUCUGGUCUAUUCUCGGAUUCAUCAUCGGGGGCGCCUUGCACCAGAUCCUCCCUAUUUUCCCCCUCUUCGUCGUUCUCUACGGCAUUUUCAACACCCUUGGAGAAAUGGGUCCCGGCGUUGCGACUUUCCUCUGUGGUGCCGAGUCUUUCCCUACCCCCGUUCGCGGCCAUUUCCUCGGGUUUGCUGCCGCCGUUGGAAAGGCCGGUGCAGCGAUCGGCACUCAAGUCUUCAUCCCUAUCCAGAACUCCUUCGGUGACACCAACAAGGGUGUUCAAGGUGUUUUCCUCAUUGGUGCGGCGUUCGCCAUGACCGGUGCUGCAAUCUCGUGGUUCUUGAUCCCUGACAAGGAGAGAGAUCUCGAGAAUGAGGACGCUCUUUUUAGAGAGUAUCUCGCUCAGCACGGAUACGCUGGGGUUUUUGGAGACGUCAGCAGGGACGGCUCAACUGCCACUGCUAACUUGGCUGGGAAACUUUAA